AUUAAAGGUGAGAAUUUAAAUAUUAAUUCCAAAAUUAAAUAAGAGAUGUCAAUUAUUACAUUUCUAUUGACCUCUCUCAAAUACAACCUUGCGUACCAAUAAUAUAAAUACGCGAGCCGGGCAGUGAAAUAUCGCAGCUCAUACGAACGAAUUUACACUGGUAUAAGUACGAAUGUACCUUUGCUGAGACGAACGUGUGUGGAGAGCCAAGCACCUGUGCAGAGAGCCAAGCGGUUAUACAGAGAGCCAAGCAGCCAGAAGGAGAGGGGAGCCUAGAGAAGUCGACUACUAGAAAGCAGCAUAUCAUGGAAACAAAAAACUCAUCUACACAAACUCUACCUAGGCCAUUCAUUGAACAGCGAGACGUAUGCCUUCAAGCCAAUUUGGCUAGACCAUUUUUCAUAAGAGUAAAAAAGGCAGAACACAAGAUCAUGACCUGCAGACCAAGAACCAUCACACCAAAAAAAAAGAAGGCAACUCGCAGGAAGAACUACAAAGUGAGCCCCGUAGAAACAGAUCCGAAUCCAAAAAUAGAAAUUCCUAUUAUGAAGAAUGUAGGCAUUGAUCCAAUGGAUCCAAGUAAUUUUGCUAAUAUAGUAAAACUCUAUAGAAAUAAACAUCUACAAAAACCAAUACAAAAACCAACAAUUAGAAAGAUUCAAAAAGUUAAAAUCAACCCCGUUUGUCUCCCAUUAAUCUUGGCACAAUACCACAAAGACAAACAAAUAAAGACACAAAACACUAAAAACACAACCAACACCCAAACAAACGACGAAAGCAUUAUAUUAGAUAUAUCAGACACAGAAAAAAUCGAAAUUGAAAACAUGUACGAAUGUACCUUUGCUGAGACGAACGUGUGUGGAGAGCCAAGCGCCUGUGCAGAGAGCCAAGCGGUUAUACAGAGAGCCAAGCAGCCAGAAGGAGAGGGGAGCCUAGAGAAGUCGACUACUAGAAAGCAGCAUAGUGAGUAUACUGUAUAUCAUUCGGUACGCCACCUCGGCUCGAGUAUAUGCAUUUGAUUAUUACAGUGUACGCCACCUCGGCUGCUGAAUCUUUUUUCUCUCUCUUUCCAAUGAACGCCACCUCGGCUGCUGGAAAUUUCUUCUAAUACUCUCUCGUCGAGUAUUAGAUGCUCAAUGCGUGUGUUAGGUUUUACCCUUAUAUAUUCGUAUACUGCCAUCCCUUUCUAUAAUGUACGCUGCCCCAGGCUAUUAUAGAUCGUAUUUUUUCGUAAUUUAGAAUCUUACCCUUUUUCUUAUUUUUUAUCCUGGUGCUUCUCACCAGCAUCACAUAUAUAUUCGCGAGAUCAGCCAGCUAAGCCCUCGCAAUAGAAUAUAUUUUUUUUAUAUAAAUCUCUAGUAUUUUCUUUUGAUUUAUCUCGGUUUGCUCUAAUUACAAGUUAGCCACACCUCUGUAGGAGUAAAUUCCAUUUAAAUACAUAUCCGUAAGUCG